AUGACGACCGUGGAUGUGUGUGUCGGUAACAAGUACCGCAUCGGCCGCAAGAUCGGUAGCGGCAGUUUUGGUGACAUCUACCUGGGCACCCACAUCAUCUCCGGUGAGGAGAUCGCUAUCAAGCUCGAGAGCGUCAAGGCCAAGUACCCUCAGCUGGCAUACGAAGCCCGUAUCUAUAAAUCUCUCGCUGGCGGUAUCGGUAUUCCCUUAGUCCGCUGGUUUGGUACCGAAUGUGACUACAAUGCCAUGGUGAUCGACCUCCUAGGUCCCAGUCUGGAGGACCUGUUCAACUUUUGCAACCGCAGGUUCUCGCUCCAGACCGUCCUGCUCCUCGCCGACCAGCUCAUCUCCCGCAUUGAGUACAUCCACGCCAAGUCGUUCAUUCACCGUGACAUCAAGCCCGACAAUUUCCUGAUGGGUAUCGGCAAGCGUGGCAACCAGGUCAAUGUAAUUGAUUUCGGACUGGCCAAGAGGUACCGUGACCCCAGGACACACUCUCACAUUCCCUACCGUGAGAACAAGAACCUUACGGGUACUGCCCGUUACGCCAGUAUCAACACCCACCUGGGUGUUGAGCAGUCACGCCGUGACGAUAUGGAGUCGCUCGGCUACGUGAUGCUCUACUUAUGCCGUGGCUCUCUGCCCUGGCAGGGUCUGAUGGCUGCUACCAAGAAGCAGAAGUACGACCGCAUUAUGCAGAAGAAGAUUACCACCCCAACUGAAGUUCUUUGCCGCGGUUUCCCCAGCGAGUUCGCCCUGUACCUGAACUACUCUCGCUCGCUCCGCUUCGACGACAAGCCUGACUACAUGUACCUGCGCAAGAUCUUCCGUGACCUCUUCGUCCGCGAGUCCUUGCAGAACGACUACGUCUUCGACUGGACCGUCUACAAGUACCAGAAGAACGCCGCCAUGAUUGUCGACGCGUCCGAGAAGGAUAAGGAUAACGAGCAGGCGGCCCUCCAGGCUGCGACUGGCAACCCUACGGCUGCCAGCGGUGUUGCCACCUAG